AUGGUUGAGCAACCUACCAUCCAAUCCGCAGACACAGAUGGCAACGGACCAGCGAAACGUCGACGAAGACCAGCAUUAUCAUGCGUCGAAUGUCGCAUGCGCAAGAAUCAAAGAUCACCUGAGGACGAUGCCUCCACAGGUCACAGCAACGGCCACGACCGAAAUCCGGCUCGCUCUUCUCCUGAGGCGCCCGAGCUUCCCAGUCAGUUUGAUGCAAUCGUCAAUCGUUAUGUGGCACCCGGGCUUCUUGGAGAAUGCGACGGCCAGCCAAAGCCUCUGCCCUCCAAUAGACCGGCUUUUAGCUUGAACUCGCACUCGGACUCUGCGCAAGCUUCUAUCAUCAACAGCUUGUUGGAUAGGAUUCAGGGUCUGGAAGAACGACUGGCGAGGGCUACUCUGAACGAUGACCCAAGGACUAGUACGUCGCCGGGACGGGAAAGUGCAAGUGACACAAGCGCCCAGUUUGUAAAGGCAAAGUACUAUGAAGUCAAGCGAAUGGCUCGCAUCAUCAAGGCCUCUCGCAUGUCGCAGCCUUCCAUUUCACCAGAACUACAGGCAUGCAUUCCUCCGAAGGAAAUCAGCGACGCAUUGGUGGAUUGUUAUCUCCGUACAUUCGAAGGUGUCUUUCGCGUACUACACGUACCUUCCUUUAGAAGAGUCUACGAUGCAUACUGGCUCGGCACCACGCCUGCAAAGCCGUCCAUUAUUCACAAGUUUCUACUGGUAUGCGCAAUUGCCGUGCCGUUCUACACCGGACCGGACCAAGCCAAGCUUCGCGUGUCAGCUGCGAAAUGGAUCCAAGCCGCAGCGGAAUGGCAGUACAUGGGCAUGCCGCCUAUGAUCUCGGUGAACGACUACGACACGAAGCCACCCUCCAACAUCAACGACGAAGAUAUGGGAAACGGCAUAGACACACCACUCGAUGUGAGGCCAGCAACUGUAUUCACGGACAGCAGCAUACAGAUUGCUUUUACACAGACCCUUCCCACACGCCUCGAGAUCAUUAGGGUAAUCAACAACCUGCGCUUCGAUCUAUCAUACGACGACGUAUUGCGUAUCGGCACCAAGCUCAUCAGCGUCUGUCGCGAGAAAAUGAUCUUCUUCAAAUCAGCAUUAGCAGCAGGACAAAACAUCACGCCGUUCCAGAUCAAGAUGUCCGAUACCCUAGUCCGACGCUUCGUCCUCUGCCUCCACCGCCCCUACUUCUCCAAAGCAAGCGAGAACCCACGCUAUCAUUACUCCCGGAAGAUAUGUCUCGACACAUCACUAGCGAUUUACGCGCCAGCAACUGAACUGGGACCAGGAGAAGAGGACGACUGGACGCGCAUGACGCAUCGAUGCGUGGGGUUCUUUAAGUCGUUCUUCCUCUACGCUAUGUCAACCGUGUACUACGAGCUCAACUCUCAGAUCAACGAAAGGAAAGAAGAAUUGGCGCUAUUCGCUCCUCUUGUAUGCACACGCCCAGCCGCAACGUCCCCCUCUACAGGGUUGACAUCCUUACCACCACAGUACCACGCCCUGCGUCAAGUCCUGGAAUCAUCCCGACACACAGCAGUCGCCCGCGUCCAAAACGGCGAGACAAACGCAAAAGGUGUCGUCUUUAUCAACUGCGCACUAGCACGCAUCGACUCUUUAAUAGCCGGCACCGACCCCGAAGCAGCUGUACUUGAAGCAGCAAAAUCAUCUACCAAAGAAAUGAGUCAGAUACUAGCAUCAGUAUACCGCGAAGAGCACGGCAAAGACAUCGACCUCAGUCCCUCCAGCAGCAGCUUCGCAGGGAGAGAGCAUGGUCGAGGCGAGGGCGCUGAUGAUGUUACUGGGAAGCAUCUACCUACUGGCACCGGCGCCCAGAGCGGCUGCAGUAACAUUACAGAUUUCCCUUAUUUCGACGGCACGAUGGACGGACUGAGUAUGCUAGAUAGCGAUCUGGGAGAUGUGAACAUGGGGUUGGAUAUCGAUAUCAAUGCGUACAUGCAGGGGCUACCCAUGGAUUCAGUGGAUGGUUUUUACUUUGGAAGGAGUCCGGAGUGGUUCUAUGAUCUUGAUGGGUGGGCUGCUGGUAGUAGUUUCGGCAACCCUGGAUUCGGUGUUUAG